UCCGCCAGAGACCGCCGGGCUAGAUACAUUUGGCGGCGAUCUCAUGGCAUCGUGUAUCUGUAUUUUCGUGUGCCGUGUUUACUUGUAGCCUUCUUCAUGAUUUACGUGAAACAGUACCCGUAACCACCUUCACCUGUUUGCAUUAUUCAAGAUUUGUGUGUAAUAAUAUUUUCCUUCGCCUCGAAGGGACAACGCCAUGUGAUGAACUCGGCGGCUGCAACGAUCGAAGAUGUCAAGUAAAGUUCAACGCAAGGUAACAGUGGAGAAUGUAAAGGAAAGCGGCGACGGCCCCAGAAGACCGAGCGUUUUUGAUCGACUAGGUCCUGGUGCUGUGACGGCUCAGGAGAGGCGCAGUCGUGACGAUCCUCCAGGAGAGCAGUGCAGGAACUGGAUGCGCAACGGGCCCUGCGGCGGCUUUGGGUCCAAGUGCCGAUUCCCGCCCGAGGCAUACCCACCAUCUUCAUCAUCAUCCUCGUCCUCCAGGCUGCCAAAAUCUGACAGGGACUCUUCUCAGAAAGAUCUAAGGCACAAAGUACGUCACAAACAGCAAGAGGCCAAGGAAUCUGACAGCCGGUCACCAUCUCCCAAGAGGAGGAAGGUAUCCACCAGCAGUGGUGCAGGGGGUGGCAGUGUCACUGUCACCACAGCAGUGGUGGGAAGCAGCAGUGGAGGUGGCAGCAGCCGCAGCCGGCGUACAGAUGCUGAAAGCAAGAUCAAGUCAACUGUCGUGGUGACUCGGCCACGGAGCCCUUCAUCAGGCGAGGAGGAAGUGCCAGCCAAGGACCCCAAACCACCCAAGAACUGGGAGGGGGCAGCCUCAGACGACUGGCCUAUUGAUGAUGCACUUCUGGACUACAAGGAGGAACUGUCCCUGGAGAUGAAGCGGCAGCAGCUACAGAGGGAGCUGGACCUUCUGCAGAAGGAGAACCAUCCCUCAAGCAGUGGCAGUGCUGGCAGCAAAGGAGCCGCUGGAAGCGGCAGAACAAUCGCAGCUGCUGCUGGAGCGGCUCCACCAGGGCCUCCCAGCCACACACCUGGCAGCACAAAGGCUGCACGUGUGGCACAUCCCCCACAGCAGGGCCAACCAAGUGGCAGCAGUGAAUCGUCGAGUGAGUCUGACGAUUCAUCGUCUUCGGACUCUUCAAGUUCCAGCUCUGAUGAAGAUGACGACGAUGACAGUGAGGAUUCAUCAAGCUCUAGUUCAUCCGGCGCUGCAUCACCGUCAGCUGGCCGUGGCAGUGGGGGUGCUGCGCCACCGCCGCCACUUGCGGAAGGCCAGCGCCAUCACCGAGGUCAUCGUGGCGGUGCAGAAGAGCGUGGGACCACUGCACACCGUUCUGUUGAUGGCAAGAGCAGUCGGGAGCCACCUCGUACUGGAUCAUCUUCACAUGGACAUGAUAAAGAUGCUGGGCGCCAUGGUCGUGACCGGCAUCGGGGGCGGUCGAGGGAGCCACCCGAAGCAGGCAGAAUGUCGCCAAGUCGUCGAGGAGGUGGUCCUCGGGAUGGUGGUGACUAUGACGGGUACGCGGGCCGGUCUCGCGGCCCCCGCACCCCCAGCCCUGGGCCACCGACCGAUUCCAAGCGCAAAGCUGCCAACAGCAGUGUCCAGCCCAACAAAGGGCCUCCACCACCAUACCCACCCGGAAAACCACGAAAGAAAAAGAAGUCUGGCAAGAGGCGCAGGGACCGAGAGAAGCAGCUCAGGGCUGAGCGUGCCCGCGUUGCUCAGUCACAUGGGGCGGCAGCAUUUCCGGAGAGUCCAUCUCCUGAACGACCAUUGUCUCCAUCGUCGCGCCACCGCGGGAUCCGCGAAGGAGGCAUGCGUGGUGCACCACCCUCAUCACGCAGUGGGCGCUAUGGGCCACCGCCAUCUGGUCGCUCCCCUCCUCCUCCUCGUGAGGGCUCAGCCGGAACCCCUGGACACAGGGGUGCUGGCCCACCUUGCAAGCGGCCUCGCCGAGAGACACCCCCACCACUCCCCUCUUCAAACCCCCCACAAGGAGACGGAUCUGUUCCUCCACCUCCGCCAGUCGUUCCACCUUCCCAGCCGUCAUCAAGAGAUUCCCGGAAGAAAGAGGCCGACCGUCAUGGGCGUCCAGAGGAGUAUGGUGGGAGAGGUGACCCUAAAGGCUAUGACGGGCGCUAUGAUUCUGAUGGGGCUCGAAGUGGACGCAAGCGAGGAGAACCUGGGCAUACUGACCAGCCACCGCCACCACCACCUCACAGAGGCAGCCGACACGAUCUGGCGCCCCCUGAAGAAACUGACAUGCUUGAGCCAGGUGAAGUGCUUCCAGACCACGCGGAGCGUUAUGUUAGUGAACGGAGCCGUUACGACCAAGGCAGGGGCCGUGAUGGACGCAGGAUGGAUCACCAUCGCUCACGGUCACCGUCUCCCGCCCUGGCCGGCCUGCCACCACGCAGUCGUAUUGACAUGGAGAUGCAUCGCAUGGACUACCCACACUCGCCACGCUCACGAAACCAAGACAGCAGGGGCAAGUCGGACUUGAGGGGCUCUGAUGGGCGACGUGGUGAUCCGUACCUCCGAGGCGCUGACCCCAGAGGAGACCCAAGGGGAGACCUGAGAGGAGACCUGAGAGGAGACCCAAGGGGAGACCCAAGAGGAGACCCAAGAGGGGAUCUGAGAGGGGACCUAAGAGGAGAUCCCAGAGGGGACCCGAGAGGGGACCCAAGAGGGGAUCCAAGGGGUGAUCUCAGGGGUGACCCACGAGGCGAUCUCAGGGGAGAUCCCAGAGGAGACCCCAGAGGCGACCCCAGAGGCGAUCCUAGGGGCGACCUCAGGGGAGACUUGCGGCGAGACCCUCGAGGAGGAGAUUCACGGGGAGACCUCAGAGGCGACCCGAGGGGUGACUCUAGGGGCGACCUGCGUGGUGGUGACCCCUACCGUCGAGGAAUUGAUCCGCGGGGGGAUCCGAGCAAGCAGGAUCUUCGUGGUGGCGACUAUCAUGGCCGUGGCGACUACCACGGGCGAGGCGACCUGAAGCCAGAUUAUCACGGCAGAGGCGACCCCUACUCUAGGGGUGGCGACAGUCGGGGCCCGUUGGACCCCUACGUGCGCUCUUCCGACUAUCGCGAUGGUCGCGACCCGCACUCGCGCAUGGACUUGCGCGGUAAAGACUUGCCCCCACCGCCGCGCAUGGACCGGGGCGACCUUCCGGGAUAUGACCCACGUUCCGACGACUACGGGCGCCUGGCCGAGGACUACUAUGCGCGCAUGGACCGUCGGGACUACUACGCGGACGGCUACGGGCCGCACCGCUCUGAGCUUCGGGACCGAGGGCCGCGAGACCUUCGCCGUCCGGAGCACAUGAGCCGCAUGGACGCCCGGGGUGGAGGGGAGCCGCAUCUGAAGGGUCGCCUGGAGCCCGGCGGAAGGGGCGAGCACCGCCGCAACGACUCGCGGGGUCGCGACGAACGCGGAUACGGAUCGUCGCGCAGCCGCGGAGACCCACGGAGCGGCGAUGAUGGACCGAAGGCCGGUGGCCGCGGCGACCCGUACGAGCGCGGGGAACCGCCGUACAGGGGCGGCGGAGAGCCCGGCCACCGGGGCGAGCCGAGGGGCUCGGAUUCCAGGGGGGAUCCCGGGAGGAGAGGUGGUGGAGAUUACAAAGGCCGCGGUGCCGCUCCUUCGAGGAUUGACGACUCUGGUCCAAGCCGUUACAGCAGAAGAGAACCCGACCCACUCCUUGACUCCAGAGACUCAAGGACGGGCACAAGCCGGGAUGGACGCGGGGGCGGACGGUCACGUUCCGUUUCACCCAAUCGCGGUUACGAACGAAGGAGGCCGCCAGCUAGGAGCACCAAGGAGGUGUCCAAGCGCGGCGAGGGAGACGGGAAACCCGAAACGGAUGACGUCAGAGAAGGCGGAUCAGGGGGCAGCCGUGGUUCAUCUCCACGACAUGCCCGUGAGAAGGCGCCAGCAACCAAAACUAGCCGCAGUAGUAGUCAGGAUGAAGCUGCCGAGAGACCUGACCAGUCACCUGAUACCAGCAUGCCUGAAGCGGCAGCCCCUAAGGUGGCGGUGGCAUCCCCCGUGAGCGAGGAGAGUGGCGGGGAGUCGCCCACCAAGGCUGAGAUCUCUGACAGCAGCAAGCACAUGGUGCUCGUCGAGGAGUGCAAGUCUGAGGAUGACAAUGAGGAAGGCCAGGAAGCGAAAGCUGGUGCUGCAGACACUUACAGCGACUGGAGCGAUGACGACGACGAUGACAUCCUCACAAGGGGCGAGCAGGCAGCGGACCUCGACAAAAAGGAUGUGUUAUCUGAUGCUCAUAUGGACACUGCUAGUCGAGACAAGCCAGACGAAGCUGGAGACCCUAAUCUAAUUGAAGUGGAUGCAGUGCCCAUAAGUCCUGAUGAGUCUCCGCGUUCAGCUCAAGGAGCAGAAGGUGCCACCACCCUGGAAGAUGAGUUUGAUCCAAUCAGCGAUGAUGAACUGGAGGCCCUCAUUGAUGAAUCUCAGGAGAAGGAACCUGCUCCUGAGCCCGAACCGGCCAUCUCAGACGUGCUGGACAUUGACUGGUCAAUCUUGGUGAAGGAAACCAGCCAGCCCAAGGAGGGCACCGCAAGUGAGAAGCGUGGUUCUGCCCGCGAGCGCUAUUCGGGAGCUCGUGUGCUAGCACGCAUUGGCAUCUCGAGAGACCUGGCCGGUGAAGAGCUUGCUCAGCAGGUGGUCGAGUUCUGCCAGAAGGAGCUGGUAAACGACAAGAAGGAACCAGAUGAGCAAGACGGAGAAGAAGGAGCAGGAGCAGGAAAUGGAGCAGCACAGAAGGAUGGAGAUUUCCAGCUGGAGAACCUGACGGCAGGCUUUCACGCGGCUGCUGUGGCGGCACGGAGGCAACAGAACCUGGCACUGGAGUCAUGCGGACGCUACUGCCGCGCCCUCUCAGCACGCCGGGAUCUCAUGUUGCGCCGGGCACUCUGCAAGGUGUAUGAGCCAAGUUCCACGGAGCCAGCUACGAAUGUGGAUUUGCAGUUGUACAGGCGCAGCCUGCAACUCUACCAAUCUCGUACCCAGGUGCAGCUCGCAUGUUAAACCUGCCCCUCCCCUUCUUCCCAGGCACUAUUUCUGUAUUUCCACUUCAGAGGUGUGAAAUGACACCAUGUACGCAUUAGUCUCAAUGACAGUUGUUGAACAAUUUGGCCUUGUUCAUUAUGUUUUUUUUUAUGCCUUCACAGUUCAAGCACAGCUGGAUAGAGCUGUGUUGGAGAGGGUACAUUCUGCAAUCAUUCUUAAGCUCCUUGGUGCUGCUUUUGUGUUCUUUACAUUUCAUAUUUCACUUUUUUCUCUGUUUGCAUUUCAUCCCUCUCAUCCUUGUUGCCCUGUCUGGAGAAGCAUUAAAAAUGUCAAAAUCACCA